AUGGACUACUCCUCUGAUUCUUUUGGUCUUCGUGUCUGCAUUGAUGGCCUAGGUUACCUCAAGAUACUUGCUCCACCCGAGAAGAUACUCCGCUGGAUAGAAGGAAAAUUGAAUCUCCUCGGACGACUCCCACAUUAUGUCUCAAUCGACCAAAAGACUUAUGGACGCUAUGGUGUUUUACCAACCGCGAACGCUCCAGCAGGCUCAUCGCCGAACGGCGGCGUCCGUCCAACGUACUUAGUCAUGGGGCUAUUGACCUCCAAAUUACUCUCAAUCGUUGCUCUCGCCCUAACGACCCUAGCCACCAAUGAAGCCGAUUUUGAAGACUUCAUUCCACCCAAUGAACUCCAGAAUGAAGAACAGCUUCCUCACACACUAUCUAACAUAACCGCCCUCCUCCCCCGCGCCGUCGGCCUUGUCAAAGGCGACGACAAAAAAAUAUACGGCGGUAAAGUCGGCACCGCAAUUGAUGGUCUCAAAGUCUUUGUAUAUGCCCAGCCUGGCUGCACAGACGAGAAACAAGAGAUCGACGCGAACGUUUACUCUCAAAAUGUGGCUCCCGAGUUCAAAGGCCAAGGCAAUGCUAUCCACUCCUUCUCGCUCUCUCGCGAAUUGAACCCGGGCGAAGUUAUUGAUUUUAGUUCAAAAGGGCCAGCGAAGGUAAAUAUGAGUCCACCUCCUGAUCAAAAGGCUCCUGCGCCGCCACCACCGAAGCAGGAACAGGGGACUCAGAAGGAUGAUAAGUCGGAUAUCAAUAUCUAUUACAUGGAAAAUGCGGUCUUUGUGAACAGGAAUGCGGCGAAAGAUGCGAAACCUUUUGGGACACCAGACGAUACGAAAGUUGGGAGCGGGAAGCACUUGAAAAGAGGAGAGACGGUGUGGACGGAUGAUGAUGGAAAUUCGUAUGCGUACUUGGAAGAGGAGAUCGACGUUGUUGUUGAUGGUGAUGAUGAUGAUGAUGAUGACAAAGUGGAAGGGGGACUGACUGGUGGUGAUGCUGGAAAAGGGGUUUUGGAUAAGAGAGGAGGGCCGGAUAUGACUGCAGGGUUGGCUCAGUGUGCAUUGUUUUUUGGGAGUUGGGAUAAGGGAAAGAUCAAGCAGGAGUGUGUGGAUUUGAAGGGUGCGGCGAAUUGUUUCCGGAUCUGGCUGCCGCAAUAA